AUCAACGGACCCGCAUCCGAUGGGCGGCCAUGGCGUCGGGUGCUGACCCGUCAAGGUUUCCAGCGUAUAUAACCUCGGGUAGGAUGUUAUGACCACGUCUGAAGGCAGAUUCGGAAACAAUUCCUUUUAUCAGUGGUUCAUUGGUCAAGCAGCCGAUUAGGUUCGCUCUUGGCGUCCAGUCGCUCAUACAAUGUGCACUGUAGUGAUGCGGACCAGACUGCCCAGCUCGAGUCCCCACCUCUCUGGUCUGCAAGGGGCGCAGAGUUUCACUGUGUGUGGAAUUGCGCAGGGAUAUAAGUCGCCCUUGAGGGCAGCGAAACGACGUAGAGUUGAUUUGUACUUAGUCGGAUAGUGAACCGUCAAGGUACGUCGGUUGUUAGCUUGUCUCAUUCGAUUCGCAACCUUUGGCCUGAAGGCCUCGAUCUACAGCCAACGAUAUCUUCUUCCAGCCAUGGCAGGAAACAAUCCUUUAGAUGCGGACAUGUAUCGCUCCGAAAUCAUGAAGGGAAACGACAAUGAACAGGUUCACCUGGAGGAUAUACCUCCAACGCCACCGGACCAACAGUCCAGUAACAUGGUCCUUGGGUUGGACGCUUCCCCUGCAAACCCUCAAAACUGGCCGGCUUGGAAAAAGGAUACUCAGAUCCUAAUGGUCGCCUUUCAUUCGAUGGCAGCGACAUUCAUGGCCGCGGGAAUUAUACCGGCCUAUGAUGCGAUGGCUGAGGCCUAUGCUGUGACCGUGCCACAAGCAUCUUAUCUCACCUCUGCUCAGAUCUUGCUUUUAGGGGUGUGCCCCAUCUUCUGGAAACCUAUCACUUCCACCUACGGACGAUACCAUGUCUCCAUGUUCUCUGUCCUUGGGAGUAUGGUUUGCAAUAUUGGCGGAGCUCGCUGUACCACCUACGGGACGCAAAUGGUGACUAGAGUGCUCACUGCAAUUCUUAUCUCUCCUCCCAUGGGAAUCGGUAGCAGCGUGAUCACAGAGCUGUGUGAACCAGAGAAGCGAGCUCAGAAGUUGGGAUGGUGGACCCUCAUGCUCACACUUGGCACCCCUGGCGGCCCGUUCAUCAUGGGCUUCGUCACAAAGCAUGUCGGAUUUGAGUGGAUCUACUGGAUUUUUGCCAUGAUCAACUUUGCACAGUUCAUCGCGUACCUGCUGCUAGGUGAAGAGACAUUAUGCGUCCCGGCUGAUCGCGAUAACCAUGUGGCAAGCAUGGCAAGACCUCGUUUCUUUCAGAAGUUGGUCCCGCGCAGAAUUAACCCACGCCCGCUUAAGCCUCGCGAGUUUAUCGAGCCGCUUCUCUUUGCGCGAUUGCCUAAGGUGCUGAUUCCCGCAUGCGCUCAUGCGAUUGUGUUUUGCUACGGGAACAUUGCAUUGAUAGUCGAGAUGCCAAUCGCAUUUGGUGAAAAGUUCGACUUUGAUUCGCAGCAGAUUGGACUGCAGUUCGUCGCGAUCAUCAUUGGGUGUCUACUCGGUGAGCAGUUGAGUGGACCCAUGUCGGACUGGUUUCUGAGAGUCAUGCAUAGGAAGAGAGGAUACCACCGGCCUGCUGACCGUCUGUGGCUCUCUUAUAUUGGGUUCGGGACCGUCAUUGCGGGCCUUCUGGUAUGGGGCUUCCAGUUAGAAAAAGCGACCAGCUGGAAUGUGACCCCAUGCGUCGGGGCGGCAAUCUCCAGCUUUGGCAAUCAGAUCAUCACGACAAUCCUCAUAUCGUUCGCCGUCGACAGUUAUAAGGAGUCCUCGACGAAUGUCGGUGUGUGCAUAAAUUUCUUCCGCCACAUAUAUGGAUUUAUUGGACCAUUCUAUUUCCCUCCGAUGUUUGACUCAUUGGGCCUGGCCGGCGCAGCCGGUGUCAUGUGUGCGAUCAUCGGAGUCUGUGCACUGCCUUCGAUCAUUGCGAUUCAGUUUGUGGCUACGCGAGCAGAUCAAAAGACGGAGGACGAAGUCACACAUUGAAAUUCAAAUAUGUGAUGAAUGGAUCGAUAUAAGAAAGGAUCAUGCCGUGUGACUUACAUGCUAUUAUAGAUGUAGCCCAAAUAUUGCAGGGUGGAACCUAGCCAUAAUCACUGAAUGCCACGUCCUAGUCUGCGCGCAGUCACGACUCCCAU